AUUCUUUACUGUUUGGGACUUGGCACAGUCUGCCUCUUCUUCCGCAGCUCCUUGUCCUCAUCCCUCCUGCAGCUUGCUCCAGUCACUCUAUCAGGAAGCAGUAGUGAGUGUUGCUCUUAGAUUUGCUUUACAGAACGGGGAGAGAAGAUCAAGCACCGCCAAAAUGUCUGAGGGAAAGAAAAUGACAUCAAGCCGCAGGCAUCAACUAAAGAGCAUGCUGCUGCAGAUUGCUACCAAAUGGCUUGAGGAAGAGAAGAGGGAAGUUGCAGCUGCAAAAGAGGCCUAUAUGGCUGAGAACUGCCCAGCGCCUGACCUCAGUGGAGACGUGGCUGCCCUCACAGAAGUCUGCAAGAAACUCCACCAGACCAUUGACAAGAUUGACGAGGAGAGGUAUGACAUAGAAGCCAAAGUUCUGAAGGUUAAUAAAGAGAUAGAGGAUCUGAGGCUGAAGGUGGUGGAGCUGGCUGGAGUGAAGAAACCUGCUCUGAAGAAGGUGCGCAUGUCCGCUGACGCCAUGCUGAAGGCUCUGCUGGGCUCCAAACACACGGUCAACAUGGACCUGAGGGCCAACCUGAAGCAGGUCAAGAAGGAGGUUAAAGAGGAGCCGACAGAGGCGGUUGGUGAUUGGCGUAAAAACAUUGAGGACAAGGCUGACAGGAAGAAGAUGUUUGAGUCUUCCUAAAAUCCUCAGGAUGCGUGACGAGGGGAGCAGGGGAGGCAGGUCUGACUGACCGAGUCCAUCUCUCUGUCCCAUGGAGGCACUCAGGGCCAAGAGCUGGGACACUUUUUCUUGCUUUUCUAAUUGUUUCUGAGCAUGCUACACUCCUGUGGGAAGGAUGAAACAUAACCCAGAACCAUCAUGUAUGUAGAUUAACCCGUUUACUGAGAAUGCACCAGCAGGAUGUACCAGUUUUCAUGAAAUCAGUAGAAAUAAACCUUUUAAAAUGUGAA